UUGUGUAUAUUUUUAAACAUUCCUCUCUCGGUUCUGUCCCAGGAGCUCGCUAAAUAUGAGGAGAUGGAGCACCAGGUGACGCUGACGGAGAAGGAUCUCCUGGAGGACGGAUUCGGUGACACCCCGUUUUAUCACUGCAUCAUCGCCGAGAUCCCGGGAGAGAGCAGCAGUGGAGAGCCGGACGUGGUGGGCUUCGCCAUGUACUACUUCACCUACGACCCCUGGGUGGGCAAGCAGCUCUACCUGGAGGAGUUCUACGUGAUGGACAGGUGCAGAGGGCUGGGAAUCGGUUCAGGGAUCCUGCGCCACCUCAGUGACGUAAGUAAAUAA